AGAUCGGACUCCCUGUGGUAAAUUUAUUAUUUUUUUUGUAAAGGUGGUAAAUGCUUCACUGACGACCCAUAAAAGAGAUAUGCUAUAUAUUGCAAAUUUGCAAGUUAAGUAGCUAACAUGGGCUGAUCAUUUGAACUUGCAACUUGCAAAGUAUUAGUUCGCCAAAACAAAUAUAGAGAAGAGAAUCAAGGGAAAGGUAAUAAUAUUAAUAUUUUGGGUUAUCUGUGGUCCUGUCAGUUUUGUGGUUAAUCCAAGAUGGCGGGUGUUGUCACCCGGCCGCCAGUUGGGAACCGCGAUUUCGCGUCAUUUGCAUUAUGUACUGGAGCGUAUCUCUACGCAUCGACCAAACGAAUGGUUAAUGACAUGAAGCAGUCGGCAAUAUUCCCUGUUAUUUUCCAUGUUUGCGUGUUUUUAGCCCUUCAAAUUACAUACAACGUCGUGGUUCAACAAUGGAAUGUUGAUUUAUCCAAACUAACUGUUGCUACAACUUCUUGCAAGUCCAAGAAAGUUUCAAAACUUUCGUCUUUCGAAAGUUUACGCCUUGGUUCGAGUGUGUGGUGUUCUGGGACGAGCAAAAGCGAUCGGAUCUGUAAAUUCAAGAACUUGUGUUACCACCCUGUACAUAAAGAGUACAUGUUCUUCCAUGGUUUGAAUUCCGUGAUAGAUGGGGUCCCCAAGGACAGAUUUAAUCCUGCUUUGUUGGACCUAUCAUCCGUAGAUGAUCACAAUGUCCAAUAUUUCAAUUACGUCGACUUUCCAGCUCAUUCUUUGGAUGCGUAUGAAAACGUUACAAUAUUCGACGGUAAUAAUUACAUCUUUCAUCGAUUUCAUCCUGAUAAUAUAAUGCAUGCGAUUCACGAUGAUCUUUUACCAUUGUUCCAUACAAUGAAGCAGUAUUCAAACUCUGGAUCUUCUCAAAUUGAUCUCAAUAGCCGAUUAGUAUUCAUGGAGGGCUACGAACUAGGACCAUACUCAGAACUCUACCAGCUGUUCAGCAGACUCCAGCUUGUUAUUAAAGAUAAUUUGACUGUGAAUAACACAUUGAAGUGUUUCCAGAAUGCUGUAGUUGGACUUUCAAAGUUUACAACAUGGUACCAGUAUGGAUUUGACCAAAUACAAGGGCCAUUACCAGAAAUACAAAUAACUGCAAAACAGAUUUAUGAAUUCACAAGGUUUGUAAGAGAAAGACUUGGAAUUAAUGAGAGUGUUUCUCAUACACAAUCACCACAAGUUGUACUAUGCACCCGGCAUCAUAAUCGAUUGAUACUUAAUGACCAAGAAAUCUCAAAUGCUAUUAUCACAAAGAUGAACAAAAGAGUUGCCAAAGUGAGCUUUGAGACCCAUUCGCUUGAGCAAAUGAUCCGCAUUAUUGGAAGAUCGUCUGGCUUGAUUGGAAUGCAUGGCUCAAUUCUAGUUAUGGCCAUGUUUUUGCCACAAGGUUCAUUCCUUAUGGAGCUUUUCCCUUAUGGAGUUGUUCCAUGGAAUUACCGUCCAUAUAAAACAUUAGCUGGGUUACCCGGUAUGAACCUGGUCUAUCAGGAUUGGAGAAAUACCAAUGAAGAAAAUACUGUGACUCACCCAGACAGGCUGCCAGCAUUUGGUGGUAUUGCUCAUCUGAGUAGGGACGAGCAAGAAGAUAUAAUAAACACCAAAGAAGUUCCAUUGCAUUAUUGCUGCAAUGACCCUUACUGGCUGUACCGAAUCUAUCAGGACACAAAAAUAGACAUUGAUUCAUUUUCAGCCAGUUUAAAUACAGCUAUUGAAGGGAGCCAUAAACUUUUUACUCAGGGAUUUCAGGCAGCAAAUGAACUACUUCUUCCUGGAAAGGUACUGAAUGUAUCUUGUGUUGUCCCAGAGGGGGGGCAUACUGUACCUGCACUGGCAAUUUCCUGGAAACCUCCCAUUAAUGUACAAUAUUUUGAAAACUUCACAGUGCAGUAUGAGGUCUGGAUACAGAAAGAAGUUGCCCGGGAUUACCUAGCUUAUAUCUUAGCACCAACUGAGUAUGUGUUCACCGAAGGACUUGUUAGACACACAAAGUACAGAAUCUGGGUUAGAUGCCUUGUUAAUGAUUUGGUAGGACCAUUUGGUGUGAUGGGGAGUUGUACUACAGAGUAGAUCUAAGAUGGUUUGUACAAAAACAUCUUUAUUUUUUUUUAUCAAAAUGUUUUCAAUUUGUUCAAACCUUUUUCAUAGAAGUGCAACUCAGGUAAUAUUACAUGACAGUGGUUGAAGUAUAUGUAUGCAAAUACAAGAAUUUAGUUAAUAUUCCAAAAUUAAUUGUCAAGAUUUUUUCUAAAUUCAACAUUUAUUCUAUAUUAUGUCAAAAAUAAUACAAUAUUGUUGGAUACCAUUCAACAAUUAUCCAUCUUAAAUUUCAUACAAAUUUACCAUUUAAAGAAAAUGCAUAUAGAUGAAAAAAAUGAAAGAAAUAUGGUAGAUAGGAAAAAAGUGUAAAACACUUCAUUAUUUAAUUACCCAUUCUGUAACUAAAACCAUUUACAACGCUUUGGGAGAACUUAAUAAAAAAAAAGAAAACACCAAA